CGGCUCGUGGAAAUGGCGUCGGGGUGUAUUGUGCGGCUUUGGCAGCCUGCGCUUUCUUUACAGCUAAAAGCUUCUGAAAGGUUGCUCCCUGCUGUGUAUCCUGUGCACAGCACAUCCAGGCGGAACAAUUCUAAUCGAACUUCAGUCAUUCGCUGUGGAAGACAGGUUUAUGCUAGGCUAUAUCCUGUUCUGCUGGUUCGACCUGAUGGAUCCACUAUCAAUAUCCGAUACAAGGAACCUAAAAGAAUUAUUACAAUGCCAGUCGAUGUUUCCCUUCUGCCAGAAGCUGAACGGAAAGCAAGAAUGCGCAAACGUGAUCCCAAGAGAACCAGGAUGAAAGAGGAGCAAUUUGAAGAUGAAUUUAAAAUUGACGAUUAUAGCAAAUUCUGGAAGAAAAAGUGACCUUCAGGAUUUUGAAUUCAGAAAUGCAGAACUGUCACCAGACUGCAUGACUGGCGCUGACAUCAGUGAAACCUUGACUGUUGUACACUGCACAUAUUACUAUUGCGUUUUCACUGAUGAAUAGUAAUCUUAUUUGUAUGUUUGUAUCCACUUGUGUUCUUGACUCAAAAUGUCACCAGGAAUAAAUCCUGUUUUUAUUUCUUUUUAUCUCUAAGAUGAUAUGGCUUAAAUGCUAGGAGAAAAUAUUUUCCUGUUAACUAGACUUCCCCCAUCAUCACCAUACACAACUAUUCUGUACUUGCAAUGCCUGGCUGCGCUUAUAUAGAUAUAUUGGUUAUUUUGAGAACAUUUAACCACAUUUGAGUUUUAUGUUAGACAUUUAUUAUCUUAUUCAUGGAAUAUUUAUUCUGGCAGAUUACAAGUACUUCCAUUCAAUGAUAAUUAUCCUAGGAAUGGAAUGAUAUUUGCCACAAUCUGAAAUGAACAAGUAGUUGGGGUUGUACUAAACAUAAAAUCCUUACAUUUUGAAAUUGGAUCUGUCAUUUGAAUGUAAAAUCCAUGGCUACAAUGUUCAUUCCAGGACAGAGUACUUCUGAGUGGUUUUACCUUCAUAUUUUAGGUCGUGCUGCAUUUAAAAUAGUGACUAUGAUUUAAACUGUAGGAAAAAGUGGAUUAGUAACAGUUUGAAUUACCAAUGUGUGCACUAACUCAUUCGAGAGAUGUAUUAUGCAUUGAUAGUUCUAAUAUAACAGAACAGUUCCAUUUUUGUAUGAUCUCGUCAUAAGAAAAUAGCCAGGCCAUGUAAACUAAUGGGGCACGAAUUGUGUUGUAGCCAAUAAAGAAAAGGAAAGUUCGCAUUCUAAAA